GGAUCUGAAGGCACCUAACUGUGACACUGUUUGCUGUCUGUCUCAGGCUGUAUUUGACGAGGACACGAUGUCUUCUACCUCGGUGGGAAUAUCAGAUUUGUCCGAUGAGGUCCUGCUGUGCGUCCUCCGCCAUGUUCCGGUGUGUGACCGGUUGCUGAAUGUGGCAAACGUCUGCCACAAGUUGCACAGACUGUGCCACGAUAAGACCCUGCUCACCAACGUCAGCCUGUCUGAGGAGUAUCUGGCUGACGAUCUAUAUGUUCGGCACAUAUUGAGGCAGCUAGCUGUUCACGUGCAGUCUCUCAGCCUGAACGGUUGCUACUGGCUGUCUGGAGCUACGAUGGAGCUUCUUGCUCGCUGUAAAGGAGUGAUGCACCUCGAUAUCACCGGCUGUCGCAUCACCUCUGUGCGUCUGUCCCGCAUCCUCUCCUCCCUGUCUCUGCUCAGUUCAUUUGCUUUUGAUGUGACGCCAGGCUUCGACUCAGCUCAUCUCAGUUCAAAUGCGGUGGACACGCUGAGCCGCCUGUCAGAGCUCAGACAGACGCUGCUGACACCGAGUUAUGGUGUGGUGCCAUGCUGUGCUCAACUCCGCAAGCUGAUGCUGCAGUUUGAUAUCUCUGAUGUGACCAGAGAGGGCAGAGGUGUCUGCUGUCAGUUAAUGAUGGGUCAGAGCAGUAUGCCGCAUUACCAACAGCUGGAGGAGUUCACUGCCAGGCUGGCUCCAGGAGAGGUGAACCAGACCUCGCUCCUGCUCUAUCUGGCAGUAUUCAGCAUUCAUAUUCCAAAACAUCUCAGAGUUUUUCUCGUGUCGAUUCCUGGUCAAACCCCUGCUUACUGGCCUGCUGCUCCCUCACUGGCCCAAAGCUUGGGUCAACGAGGCGACCUGGAGGCCCUGCAGCUCCCUCGGUCCUGGCUUGAUUCCUUGUCCCUAAAGCGAGCCCUUCAGGGAAACAGUCCGCAGCACCUGAGCUUUAGCCGGUGCCCGGCGUUGUGGCCGCAGGUGUUCCAGUCGUUGCUGGAGGGAGGAGUCGGAGACAACACACAACUGACCAGUCUGAACCUCAGCGGGAUCAACAAGGUCCUUUACUCAGAGUGUCGGAGUGUUGAAGAUCAGCUGGAUCCGGUGAUCAUGAGCCAGCUGGCUGUCUGCUGCCCCAAAAUUAAACACCUGAACCUGAUGCACAGACACUAUCACCAUGAAAACUCACCUGGGCUAGGUGGAGAAACCCACCUGUGUGCCAGCUUGGCCAAAUUUGCACACAUUCGCUCUCUCACUCUGCCUGCCUGCUCCUUGUCAGACGGCUUGAGCAGACAUGAAGUCUCCACAAACAACACGUCUCCCUCUGCGUUGUUCCUGGGGUUAAAGAAGGCUCCACGGGUCGGACACCAGAAUUACAAGCCUGAUUCAAAUUCUAAUGUGUCAGGCGACAGCACCUCAGGGUUCGCUCUGCUCUUAGCUGGCUGCCCUUUUUUAGAGACCUUGGAGAUCAUUGGUCCAGGUUUUGUGUCGGCACUGCCUCGACUCGAGCCCUGCCCUCGCGCCAGUGUGGAGCCUCGUGGGAUGUGUGCGUGGGCACGCGGA